AUGAAUGGAAGUAAUUAAAACAUUUCUAUGCAAAUUCAAACUUUAUAAGAUCACGAAGAGAGUUCUCAAAUGUUGAAUAAUAAAGGUAAAUAUGCUACAGUUGAUAAUAAUGAUAAGCUAAGUAUUUUGUUCCAAGACGAGCAGAGUGAAAAUAGUGAAAACCCAAUGCCAGAAUAGUCAAAUAGUCUUGUACAAGAAUACAAUUUGUAUCAAAUUAACAGAGAGAAAAGUGGAGAAAAGAGUUUAACUAAUUGUUAAGGCCUUUUGUAAAGCUAAUUAUUUCUAAAUAGAAACUCUAAUGCUAAUAGAUAUAACUAGAAUGAAUCGGAUGACUAUUGCACUUUAGGCAAUGAUUCUUACAGCCAAAGUUUAAUUUCUUAUAAAAACUAAAAUAGCCCUGGAUCUCCUUAAUUCUAGAAUGCAAGUUAAAUGGAUAAAAAGAAUGAUAGAUAAUCUAUUACUCAAAACAAUUUAAGAAACUAAUUUAUGUAGCUUGAAAUAGAUGAUAAAGAAAACAAUCCUUAUGAAGACAAUAGCGCAUAUUCUAAAUAAAACUAGAAUAGAGGUUUAAACACUUCGAAAGCAAAAGAAAUUAAGAGUUAAUGGAUUGAUUAAACCACUAGCGCGUAAAGUUGUUUUUUGACAGGCAGAGGAUCUACUUACGGAACUCAAUCCCAUAUUACUGUUCAUAGUGCUAUGGAUUAAGUCAUAUUGAAACAUCAUAAGGCAGCCUAGAAGCAAUAUCUUAAAAUGAAAAGUUUGAAAGGACCUGUUAAUCAGAAUUCUCGCAAAGAACUGCAUGGUUAAACAAAUUAAGCUAAUCAAGAAACUAGUCAAACUCUUGGUUCUUCACAACUAAUCUAAAAUGAAAAUCUUACAUAUUAAGAGAUAUACAAUCAAAGAAAGAAGUCAGUUCAGCAUGCCUCAUCAAUACAUCCAGUCAAACACUAGAGAACAAACAGCUAAAAUAAUGAUCAACCUCAAAUAUAAAAGAAGAAAGCAGAAGUUUCAAUGACCACUAAAAAUUCUACCUUGCCAGAUUAGAAAGUUUUUGUGUUCCCAAAUAAUACAAUAAAUAGUAGAUUGGAUGAAGAAGAUCAUUUUAAAGAAACAUUCAACACCAUUCACUAGAUAGUUUAGGGUAUCAACAAUAGAAAGAGUAGUUUUGGAGGUAUUUCAAAUGUGUCUGCAAUAUCCUAAGGAAAAAGGACUACAGAGACCUAGCCAUUUCCACUCUCAAGAUCAAAUUCUAGAAGAACAAAGGAUGUGUUGAAGUGCCAAAUCAAUAAUGAAAUGAAGUAAAAUUAAUAGUUCAAAGCAAAGAGAGCACCUGGCAAUAACCCUCCCAAAUUUAUAGCUUUGAAAUCUACUAAAGCUUUGACUAUCCCUCAAGAAUUCAAUCUAAAAACAGAUCAAAGAGAAGUUAGUAAGAUGAGGGAGUAAUCAAUUGGUGGUAUCACUCAAAAUACUUAAAUGUAGGAAAGAGUGUCAUCUUUGAAAAAUCUAGUUCCAAAAAGUGAAGCAUACAACUCUUUUGAUUCUAAUAGCAAUUAUACUCUUACUUAGAGCUAAAGGCCCCCUUCUUCAUAGUAGCAGCAUCAAUCAGUAAUAUAGCACCAGAAGUAAUAGAGCAGUAUCACACUAAACCAUUGUAGAAACUCGUCUUCAAAUCUAAAUUCUAAAAAUACAUCUAAAAUGCACUAGAAUUCCACUAUGACUUCGAGUGGAGCAGGUUGUGAUGUGAAUCUAAACAAAUACUUAAAAGGCAAUAUUAAAAAGAUGAAAAUAGGGCAGAAUUAUGCCUAGUUAGUAAAUUAUGCCAAAGCCAAAUUUGUUUAAUGA